AUGACGCUUGGCUCAGGAGGAUCCAGUGUCGUGGUCCCUCGGAACUUCAGAUUGCUGGAGGAACUUGAACGUGGAGAAAAAGGUAUUGGGGAUGGCACAGUAAGCUAUGGAAUGGAUGAUGGAGAUGACAUUUACAUGCGCUCUUGGACUGGCACUAUAAUUGGUCCUCACAAUACUGUACAUGAAGGUCGAAUUUAUCAGUUAAAGCUCUUCUGUGAUAAAGAUUACCCGGAGAAGCCACCAAGUGUUCGUUUUCAUUCUCGGAUCAAUAUGACUUGUGUUAACCAUGAAACUGGAGUGGUGGAACCAAAAAAGUUUGGACUUCUUGCAAAUUGGCAGCGAGAGUACACUAUGGAGGACAUACUGACGCAGCUGAAGAAGGAGAUGGCAGCACCACACAACCGGAAGCUGGUCCAGCCUCCUGAGGGUACCUACUUCUAG